UAUCUUCAAUUUUUAAUAGCAACACUGAUACACACACGAGAAGAGGUUUGUGUGUGCGCCUUGUUUCACCCUCUCUAUCUCUCUCUCUCUCUCUCUCUUUCUUUCUGCCUGUGUUCGGUAGACACACAUUAGGUAUAGUAGCCUGUACGGAUUUAUAUCGGGACGUUUACGAAUUAAUGGAAAUCACCAACGAACAGAAAAACGGAGCCUCUCCCACUACCCCCACCCCACCCCAAGCUCGCCGGGUGCCCACUGUGAUUUAGCUUUCGGUUAACACCGGGGCAAGCGUCGGCCCUCUCCCGGACUGACUGCACGCGCACCCGGUAGGAGAGAAGAAGGAUGGAGGCGUUUUUCGUGGAGGGGGCCCGUGUGUGGGUGAAGGAGAAGGAGCAGCUGGUCCCCUCUACUGUCAGCUCCUGUGGAGAUGGGACCCUUGUCCUCACUACCGACUAUGGAGAGGUGCUAUACCUCCAGCAGGCGGAGGUGACCAGAGAGAGGGUGUAUGCAAUGCAUCAGUCCAGUGUAGACGGGGUGGAGGACAUGUCCGCUCUGGCAGAGCUACACGAGGCGGCUAUCAUGCACAACCUCCACCAGCGCUAUCAGAAAGACAACAUCUAUACUAAUAUAGGCAGUAUCCUGGCAGCGGUGAAUCCUUAUAAACCGAUCCCUGGGAUGUAUGACCUAGAGAGGGUUGAGCUGUACAGUCGACACCACAUCGGAGAACUCCCGCCUCACAUCUUUGCUGUAGCCAAUGAGUGUUACCGCUGCAUCUGGAAACGACAUGACAGCCAGUGUGUGCUCAUUAGUGGGGAGUCGGGGGCUGGUAAGACAGAAAGCACCAAGUUGCUGCUCCAGUUCCUGUCUGUGAUGAGUCAGAACUCUGCUGGGACACCGCCCUCUGAGAAGACCACACGGGUGGAGCAGUCUAUCGUACAGAGCAGUCCCAUCAUGGAGGCGUUUGGGAAUGCCAAGACGGUGUACAACAACAACUCCAGUCGAUUUGGGAAGUUCAUCCAGCUUCACUUUUCCCAGAGCGGCAACAUCCAGGGAGGGUGCAUUGUCGACUAUUUACUGGAAAAGAACCGUGUGGUGAGACAGAACCCAGGAGAACGGAACUACCACAUCUUCUACGCCCUGCUGGCUGGAACCAAACAGGAGCAAAAGGAGUUGUAUUUCCUUGGCGACCCACCUGAUUCCUUUUACUACCUCAACCAAUCAGGCUGCCUCAAGGAUAAGAGCCUGGAUGAUAAACAACUCUUUAACAGCGUCAUGGAGGCGUUGAAGGUGAUGGAGUUCAGUGAGGAGGAGACCAGAGACAUGUUCAAACUGCUGUCUGGAGUUCUUCAGUUGGGCAACAUCGAGUUCAUGACCGCUGGAGGAGCACAGAUAACUACCAAACAGGUGCUCAGUAAUGUCAGUGAUCUACUGGGUUUGGAUAGCUUCCAGCUUUCUGAAGUACUUACUCAGAGAUCCAUGAUUCUCAGAGGAGAGGAGAUCUGCUCCCCACUCACCAUAGAACAGGCAGUGGAUUCCCGGGACUCUGUUGCCAUGGCUCUGUACUCCCAGUGUUUUUCCUGGAUUAUCCUCCGGAUCAACCAAAAGAUCAAAGGCAAUGACAACUUCAAAUCCAUUGGAAUUCUGGACAUUUUUGGCUUUGAGAACUUUGAGGUGAAUCGAUUUGAGCAGUUCAACAUCAACUACGCCAAUGAGAAGCUACAGGAGUACUUCAACAAACACAUCUUCUCUCUGGAACAACUGGAGUACAACAGGGAGGGCGUGCAAUGGGAGGCCAUAGACUGGAUGGACAACGCUGAGUGUCUGGACCUUAUAGAGAAGAAACUUGGGAUGCUAGCGUUGGUCAAUGAGGAGAGUCGCUUCCCCAAGGGGACGGACUUCACACUACUGGAGAAAUUACACAGCAGACACUCUACCAACCCGUACUACGUGAAGCCUCGCCUUGCUGACCACCAGUUUGGCAUCAGACACUACGCUGGGGAGGUCCUCUAUGAUGUCAGGGGAGUCCUGGAGAAGAACAGAGACACGUUCCGAGACGACAUCCUGAACCUGCUGAAGGAGAGCAAGCUGGACUUCAUUUAUGACCUGUUUGAGAGGGUGGGAAGCAGGAACAGUGAGGAGACACUGAAGAUGGGAACCGCCAGACGCAAGCCUACUGUCAGCUCACAGUUCAGGGACUCUCUACAUUCCCUCAUGGCCACUCUGAGUGUGUCCAACCCUUUCUUUGUGCGCUGCAUCAAACCCAACAAUGAAAAGAAUCCUAGUGUCUUUGACCCGGAAGUGGUUUUGAACCAGCUGAGGUAUUCUGGGAUGUUAGAAACUGUUAAGAUCCGCCGUGCCGGCUUCCCAGUACGCAGAACUUUCAAAGACUUCUUCUCCCGGUACCAGAUCAUUCUGCACGACAAGGUGAAUGUGGUGGCCGAUGAUAAGAAGAGGUGUUCGGACCUCCUGACCAAAUACGACCGCACCAAGAAAGAGUGGCAACUGGGAAAGACUAAGAUGUUCAUGAAAGAGUCUCUGGAGCAACGCCUUGAGAAAGAGAGAGACGAGGUUCGCCGCAAAGCAGGCUUGGUCAUCAGAGCCCACAUCCUAACCUAUACUGCCAGGAAGUACUUUAAGCGUGUGAGGGCUAGUGUCAUCACCCUCCAGGGGUACCUUCGCACCCACAUCCAACGGAAAUGGUUUCUACGGCGAUGCUUGGCAACGCGUGUGCUACAGAAGCACAGACGAGGACAGGUGGCCCGCGCACAUUGCCGCAAACUGAGAGAAGAGCGACAGAAGAGAGAGGAGGAGGAGAGGAAAAAGUCCGAACAGGACGAGGGGAAGAAGGAGGGAGAGGUGGAAGGGGGCAAGGAGGCGGGAUCAGAGGCAAAGCCCCCUCAGAGUUCUGAGCUGCAGAAAACAGAAGGGAAGACUGAAGAAGAGGCACGUCAGAUGGAGGAGAUCUUGCGCAUAGAGUUGGAGAUCGAGCGCCUGCAGAAACAGAGGGAGGAUGGGGUUUCCCAGCUCUGUGAGUCCUCCAGACAGGAGCUGCGGCUACGCCGGGACGCAGAGAUCAAGAGGCUGAAGAAGGAGGCCUCUCGUAAGGCCACAGAGCUAAUCGACCUCUUGGACUUCGGAGGCCUGGAUCCCAGUUUAGCGGCAGCAGCUAGCGCCAGCACAGAGCGGCUCCAGGAGGAGGCAAGUGGGCCCACAGCUGUAGCCCAGGAGGAGGAGGUUGAUGAGGGCUUCCAUGCAGAGGAGGAGGGCAACAUCCCUCUUCUCCCAGACUUCCCUCCCCCGGCAGAGACGGACGCUAACGUGGACCAGGAGAUGUUUGCCCACCUGCCCCCCCCUCCACCGGCUUUUGCAGAAGGCUCCAAUGCCACGCCUCCUCCCCUCGAUUCGUCCUCAUCCCCACCCGUCCCUCCCCCACCACCCCCAUUGCCAGAAGACGACUCUGCCAUCGCGCCCCCUCCUCCACCUCCUCCACCUCCUUCCCCACCACCACCCGGGGAGGGCGCAGGAAACGGAGAGGAGGGGGAGACAAAAGGGGGUGAUGGAGGUAGGAAAUCCAGCAUAUUGAGCCUCGGAGAAGGGGAGGAACCGAUAUACAGCAUGCCGGGCGAGAGCUGCGAAUCAGAUUACGACGAGGAGGAGGGGUCUGUUACCGCGGGAGACGACGGUUCUGUAUCCGGGCAGCAGAGCAACAGAGGUAGCGCAGCCAUGACGGAGGAAGAAGCCCUGAGGAAGUCCACGUGCACCAACGCCAGCUUGGAGUCAUACAGGGGAAGCUCUGACUCAUUCAUAGAGAGUGAUGAUGAGCAUGAUGGCCUGCUGGACACAGAUGAAGAGGUCCACAACGGCAGGGUCACUCUCCUUAACGGGAACGGACCUCCAUACUUUCAUAGCUACCUUUACAUGAAGGCUGGUCUGAUGAUUCCGUGGCGGAGGCGAUGGUGUGUGUUGAAAGACGAGACCUUCAUGUGGUUCCGCUCCAAACAGGAGUCCCUCAAGUCUGGCUGGCUGUAUAAGAAGGGGGGCGGACUGUCCACUCUGUCGCGCAGGAACUGGAAGAUGCGUUGGUUUGUUCUGCGGGAUUACAAACUUAUGUACUUUGAGAACGACAGUGAGGAGAAACUGAAGGGAACCAUCGACAUCCGCGCCGCCAAGGAGAUUGUGGACAACCAUGAGAAGGAGAACGCUCUGAACAUCGUCACUGACGAGAGGACCUACCAGGUGUUUGCUGAGUCACCAGAAGAUGCCAGUGCGUGGUAUAACGUCCUCAGUAAGGUACACGUGUGUACUCCCGAACAGCUGAUGGACAUGUCUCACGAACAGGCCAACCCCAAGAACGCUGUGGGGACUCUGGACGUGGGGCUGAUCGACUCAGUCUGUGCCUCCGACAACCCGGACCGGCCCAACUCGUUUGUGAUCAUCACAGCGAACCGUGUGAUCCACUGUAACACGGACACGCCAGAGGAGAUGCACCACUGGAUAAGCCUUCUGCAGAAACCUAAAGGAGACACCAAGAUAGACGGGCAGGAGUUCCUGGUCAGGGGUUGGCUCCAGAAGGAGAUGAAAACGGGAGCUAAGAGCAACGCACUGAAGCUGAAGAAACGGUGGUUUGUGUUAACCCAUAAUUCCCUGGAUUACUACAAGAGUUCAGAGCGGAACUCCUCCAAGAUGGGAACCCUGGUCCUGAAACUCCCUUGCUCUGUGUUUCAACCAGUGGAGCGUGUGCACAGAGAGACAGGGUACUGGAACAUUGUCGUUCACGGACGGAAGCACUCGUAUCGCCUCUACACCAAGAUAUUGAACGAAGCUCUGAGGUGGAUCGCAGCCAUACAGGCAGUUAUAGACAGCAAGACUCCGAUUGAGACCCCAACACUACAGCUCAUCAGAGACAUCAGGGACAACAGUGUGAACCCAGGGCAGUGGCAGCAGACCUACAUGAGGAACCCCAUCCUACGAUACACACAGCAUCCCCUGCACUCACCCCUGCUGCCACUGCCCUACGGAGACAUCAUCCAGGGUCCACAGGGCUAUGCCAGUCUCCAGGAUGAAGCCAUUAGGGUGUUCAACUCUCUCCAGGAGAUGGAGACCCUGGCGGACCCGGUUCCCAUCAUACGAGGUGUUCUGCAGACCUGUCAGGACCUGAGGCCACUGCGAGACGAGGUGUACUGUCAGGUGAUCAAGCAGACCAAUCACGUGCCUCAGCCCAACCAGCCCAAUCAGAGGGCUCAUUGGCACCUGCUGACCUGCAUGAGCUGUACCUUCCUCCCCAGCCGGACCAUCCUCAGAUACCUGCGCUUCCACCUCAAAAGGGUGCGAGAGCAUUUCCCCAACACAGAGAUUGAGCGUUAUUCUGCGUUCAUCAACGAGUCCCUGAAGAAGACCAAAUCCAGAGACUUCAUUCCAUCUCACGAGGAGAUUGUGGCCCUUCUGGUCAGGCAGGAGAUGACCACCACUGUCUACUGUCACGGGGGGGGCUCCUGCAAGAUCUCCAUCAACUCACACACCACGGCUGGAGAGGUGGUAGAAAAGCUGAUCCGCGGCCUGGCCAUGGAGGACAGCAGGAACCUGUUCUCUCUGUUUGAGCACAACAAGGUGACAGACAGAGCUCUGGAGAGCAGGGUGAUAGUGGCAGACGUCCUCGCCAAGUUUGAGAGGCUGUCGGGAACAGAGGAAGAGGAGGAGGAAGGACAGUGGAGACUCUAUUUUAAACUCUACUGUUUCCUUGACAUGGAAAGCAUGCCGAAAGAGGGGGUGGAGUUUGCCUUUAUGUUUGAGCAGGCCCACGAGUCGCUGAUCAGCGGUCACUUCCCGGCCUCAGAAGAGACUCUACAGCACUUGGCCGCUUUACGGCUGCAGUAUCUCCACGGAGAUGGGGCCGGCCGCGCCGGGUGGAGCCUCGGCAGUGUUUAUCCGAUAGAACGCCUGCGCUCGCGCAUCCUUCACUCAACCAAACAGGGAGGAGCAGCGGGAGUGGAGGGAGGAGGAGGGCAGGGGGGGAGUAUCAAGGGGGAUGAGAAGAGGAGAACCCCCAGCUUCCUGGAUGGAAGUCUGAGGCGCAGCUUCAAGACGGGCUCGCUGAAGAAACAGAAGGAGGAAGAGGGCCAACAGGUGGAGAUGUGGGUGAAGGAGGAGACAUCGGCCACCAGAGCCAGUGUUCUGGAUAAGUGGACCAAGCUGCAGGGAAUCCCGCAGCACCAGGCCCUGCUGAAAUACAUGGCCAUCGUCAAGGAGUGGCCGGGAUACGGAUCCACACUGUUCGACGUCGAGUGUAAGGAAGGAGGUUUCCCCCAUGACCUCUGGCUCGGUGUGAGUGCUGACAACCUGUCGGUGUAUAAGAGAGGGGAACCGAAACCGCUACAGACGUUCCAGUAUGAGCGCAUAACCUUUUUUGGAGCUCCACAGCCUGGGACCUACCAGAUCACGGUCGACGGCAGGGAUUUGUUCUUCGACACUCCACUGGUGAUGGAGAUCGCUAAGAUCAUGAGAGCCUACAUAAACAUGAUGGUGAAGAAACGCUGCAGCAUCAUGUCGGUCUCCAGCGUCUCUAGUGCUUUUGUAAGGUGAUCAACCAGCAACGAAUCAGAGCCGUCCAUUCAACAGCACGGGCAGAACAGAUAGUGCCAGGAAGUGGAAUUUGUUGGCUGGUUUGCUGGCGGAGUCAGCAGGCCUUGAAGAGACCACCCACCAGCAGAGUCAGGAAUUUAAUAUGGCUUCAGAUUUCACAGAGGAAAAAGGAUGGAUACUGCACAACUCACUAUUCUAAACAUGACCUUGGUAUUGGAUUUGUGUGGAUUAGGUUAAAUAUCUGUUUGUUAACAAGGAGCAUGGAAAACUAUUCAUUUUGAAGAGGGGGACAACUCCAGCACCUUCCAGCCCCCAGUUAUUCUGCAUGACACUAUCCAACAGACAGCAAAGCAAGCACACUCAACCUUCCAACUCAACCUGUCUUCAUCUUCUUAAUGUCUCUCUAUUACUUAUUUCUAUUUCUAAUUCUCUCUCCCCAUUCUCUCACUCCUCCGUCAUCCCUCUCUCUCUCUCUCUCUCCCCCUCUCUCUCUCUGUUAUCUCUCUCUUUCUGUUCUCUCUGGACCAAACCCAUACAAACGACAAGCACAAUAUCCCAGUCCAACCAUAGCACCCCCUUCUCAAACCCAAGAACACAAUCACACGCCCCCAGAUCCAACAUACUGCCAACCAGAAGAGAUCAACUGAAGCCAGUUACUAUUUAUAUCUUCCUUCCUGUAAAUGGCUCUUCCAAUUUGCCUGUUUCACUCUACAGUUAAGUGUUAAAACAUUUAGUUAAUUUAUUCUCUCCUGCUUGCUUGCUUCCUUUCCUCUCUCUCUCGCUUUCUCUUCUUCACUCUCUCAUUUAUCUGCGGUCAUCUGUGGUGACUGAGAAAGGACUGACGGGGUUUUGGGUUCACCUCUUGUGGCCAAAUGGAAAAUCGUUAGUGACCUCUCGCAAGGCCAAAGGACGUGACCUCAUAGUAUGGAGUUGUGAAGCAGUGAUCUGACUUCAUACAGACCCCCCUCGCCGAACUAGAUCUAGAGGGCCAAUCCAGGGUCUCUUGCAAGGGUCACCCUCUUUCCAGGGGUAACUGCCUGGUUCGGGCGGAGGGAAUCUCCGUGGUUGUGCAGAUGUCUGGAAGAGGUAACAAUGCUAAGAGUGACAAAGAUCAACAACAGUAUCAACCAAGAGAGGAUUGAGACGGAAAACAUUCUCCUAUAAUAAGUGAACUUACAUACCUACGAUGUAUUCACGUGUGGCCCACACAUAAUCACACACGUAUGGUUUUUGUAUAUCCCACCCAUAGGAACUCUAUAUAGAUCUUGGUGGUCACCCAUGUGUGUAGAUACAGUUAUACAUUUCAUGUGAUGAAUUUACUGUGUGUAAACUAAAUGCAAAUGAACAGAGAUAUGCAUAGAUCUAUGUUUAAUAUGCCAACACAUCUUGCCUCUAUUGCCGGACCUUUUAUCUAACAGGGAUACGGAGAUGUUUCACUCGUGAGUGUAGAAUGGGUAGAGUUGGUUGUCCCCAGUUAUAUUGGUUAGGGUGGUUCGGGACGGCUGUGUACGUGUGUUUCCCUGUGCUCUAGUGAAAUGUAGCCUUCGUGUCAUCUUUCCGGCUUGGGUUUCCAUGUUGGUGGGUACUUUUAAAAAACGACGACAGCAAGAGGAGUCUACUCUCGUGUCUCCUCGGUCCCGUUCGUCGCUAUGCUGUGAUUGUUGUCUCGGUUCACGUGUAAAUAGGAUCCGUUUGGAAUCGUGCGAACCCCUGUGCGAACUGUUCCCUGUGUCUCCCCCUCCUGCAGUGCUGUGUUUGGAAUGCAAAUGUGAGUGUUUCUGUGUCAUAAUACAUGUGACCAAUGAGAGAACGGCAAAAGAAGAAAAGAAAGAAGAUUUGUUGUCGUUGAGAAAUAAGAGUAUUAUGUCUACCUUUAUAAGAGAGUCGUGUUGUAACAGUGAGUGGAAAUGGGGAUGGGUGCGGGGGAGGGAGGGGAGUUGACAAUGGGGUAUUUAUUGUAAUUUUUGCAGAGGGCAGGGAGGAAUACUGUAUGUGGGGAAUAUAGCUAUCGGUAUGGAAUUCUGUGAGUUAAGAGAUCAAACUUUUAAGAGGUAUGCAACCCGGGAAAAUAGGGAUGGUUGGAAUAUAGGACUUCUGGGAAUGUGCAUUGUGUGCGGGAAUGCAGACUGUGUGUCGUAACUGCUUGGGGCUCACAGCCUCCUGGAGGUCCAGUCUAAAGAAUCAGAAUUACUGGAAAGGACAUUGCAAGUCAAAGCAACAUUCCAUCCUGUGUUCCAGUUGACCGCCUGGAAUGACUGAAAAUUCCUGUGAAUAUUUGAACUGUGUCCUUUCUAGGUAUUCUCUUUCUAUGGCCCUGCCUCACACACUACAUGAAUUAGAAGUUGCCCCCAUGACAUUAAUCUAAGAUAAGUUUUGCUUUUUCCAUUGACGGAUAAGGGAAAGCUGACCCUGGGUCUGUGUCCAUGAGCAGCUUCUACACCUGGGUCCUUUUCAAGCCGCAGGCGGCCAGAGCAGGGCCUGACUGUUAUCUUUUGUUAUUGGUUAAUUGUCAUCAUUACACAUUAUAUUGCAACAUUGUGCUUGUUUUUAGAGAAAUAAUACGAGAGAGAGGAAAUGUUAGUUGUUGUUUUUUUUAUUCGUAACUGGCUUUACAAACUUAUGCUUUAAUAAAUUAUUGGACAUUA